UUCCCCAUCGCCUAGGCUUCCAACAGCUCCAACCUCACCUCUCAAGGUGCCACUUCGCAAUCGAAUGCAAGCGUCAUGAAGCGAUAACGGAUUUAAAUGAGUAGCUAAGAGCUGCCAUACAAUGUCCGAUCAGGAUCAGGUAGCUCCCGAAAACGCACGGAGCGGGGUGGUGGAACGGGGACCAUAUGUACUCAAGACAUUGCUGGAAGAUGUGCCAUUGUCUGCAGAUGGAGACAGGGAAGACAUUGUGAUCAAUUGUGUUGAAUACUGGGAGAGCAACUUGUAUGUUGGAACAUCCGCCUCCGAGAUUCUACACUUUGUACAAAUACCUCCCGACCCCUCCGACGAUUCCGAUGCUCCAUCAUAUAUACUGGCGUCGAGGCUCUGUCUGGCGUAUUCAGAAACGUCGACUCCGGAGCGUCCGGGUGUGCAACAAAUCCUCCUCCUCCCCGCAGCCAACAAGGCUUGCGUACUAUGCAACUCGACAGUAACAUUCUACUCGUUGCCAGAACUCAGUCCAGUAUUCGGAAACCAGAAAGUUCCAGGCAGUAAUUGGAUUGGCGGCUUGGAUCUAAACAAGAGCCAAGAUGACAACACACAGGGCGACAAGAUCCUCCCGGUCAUGGUGCUCUUAUCGCUGAAGCGGAAAAUACGAAGCGUUCGUAUCGGCGAGGAAGCCAGGCAGGUCAAGUCAAUUGACUUUGCAGGGUGUACUAUAACCGCUAGGCGCGAUUCCUUUGCAUGCGUCGCCGAUUCUAGGUCUUAUGCGCUAUUGGACGUGGACAGACAGCUGAAAAUACCCCUCUUCCCGAUAUCGUCUCUCGACGACUCGCAAUCUGGCACCGUCGGCGGCAAGGCGGAAGAUAUAUCAGGCCAGACCACCACGCGGACGCAUAGGAGCACCUCAAGUACGGGACAAACUCCGCCGCAGUUAGAACCCCGCGGCCAUAGCAGGAGCACUAGCUUAGGUACAUUUAUGGGUGGAGGAAAUCGACAGCCGAGCCAAGAUAGGUCGAGAGAGACGGUUGACCCUAUAUUCCGCGAAUCGUCACCAGCGCCGUCCUUACGUCCCAGCGGAGAAACCCAAAGGGAGUCGAGUCCAGGAAAGAGUCCAGUUCGGGCAGAUAAACCCCUACCAGAGCCGCCAUCUAUGCGUGAUGCAGGCUCGAAGAGAGCGUCUAUGAUCAUUCCCACCGGAUCUCUUAAACCACAUAUAAUCUCACCAUCUCCGCAAGAAUUUUUACUUGUAACUGGCACCGGCACCACAGAUCCUGGUCUGGGGUUAUUUGUCAAUCUAGAAGGCGAUAUCUCGAGAUCUGCACUCGAAUUCUCCCGCUACCCAGAAGCUCUAGUCACAGACGGGCGUGGGGUGGGCACAGAACUAUCGCAAAGCAAUGCAGAGGAGGAGGAAGAGGGGUACAUCCUGGCAGUCAUAAGCCAAGGGGAUGAGGAAGAAACACAUUACGGCCUCGAGAUACAGCGAUGGGAUAUAGACAGCGCCGAAAAUGCGCAUCAGAAAUUCUGGCUCCAACUCCCUGAUGCCACACCAGAUAGCGGCAAGGCUAGAGUUGGGAUCCGCACAGUCACCGAGCCUGGAGACCUGAGUUUCAACGAAGUGGCCAAGAGCCUGCGCUCAAUGCGUUUCAGGCCCUUCCCUUCAUCGGGGUCGUCCAGCGUGUCCGUCCAGAGUACGGACUCUCGUACGGCGGCUUCCCUGGAGCGCGUGUCAAAGGAACGCGAGCUCUUCGAGUCGCAGGAUGUACAGGGCGACACCCCGUUACCUUCUGAGUGGGAAGCAGACCGCAAUGAAGAGGAGCUCCAGUUUUCUCAGCGACUCGGCCGAGCAAAGAGCCGUGUUGUUGUAUGGGCUGGGGAUAAGAUAUGGUGGGUGGCGCGGAAUCCUCUGGCGCUGCAGCUAGACGCUGCUCUUGAAGCAGACGGGAAGAAAGCGGCGACGCCAGAGGAGUAUGCUACAGCCAUAACUGGAGUGAUCAACACGAUCCGAGGACGAGAAGCUAGGACAGAAAUUGAAUUCAUGAGUCUAGGCUACAUCCGCCAACGCGCCGGACUCCUCCUCCUCACCAACCUCCUCCGCCGCGACGAAGCCCCCACCGAAGCCGAGUACCGCGGCGCCGAAGAAGCGCUCCUAGAAGGUGGUCUCGACCCACGCGUCGUCAUAGCUCUCAACGCCGAACUGCGCAGCGAGAUAGUUGAAGGCAAAACUGGGAUCUGGAUCCCCACCGGCAUCGCCCACAUUGCCUCCACCUUCAUCUCACAAGAACCCCCCCCCAGCGACCGCACCGAGCCCGCAUCAUCUCACUCCCUCCAAUUCUACCAGCGCUUUCUAAGCGCCUGGCGCGAGCGCAAAGGCUUCGGCAGCAUCGCCUCCGAGAAUGACGUCUUCCGCACCGUCGACGCCUCCCUCCUCCUCGUCCUCCUCCGCCUCGACGCCUCCUCGCCCCCCGGCCCCGCCCUCCCCGGCUCCACCCGCGCCGAUCUCAACGACCUCGUUGACCACGGCGUCGACUGCUUCUCCCGCGCCGUCGCACUGCUGGAGUCGCAUCAUCGCCUCUACAUCCUGAGCCGACUCUACCAAUCCCGCAAGCUCGCCGCUGAGGUCCUCGCCACCUGGCGACGCAUCAUCGACGGCGCCCGCGACGACGGCGCAGAGUUCGUGGACGGCGAGAUCCGCGUCAGGGAGUACUUGGCCAUCAUCCGCAACCCCGCGCUGGUCCAGGAGUUCGGCCUCUGGCUUGCAUCGCGGAACCCGCAGCUGGGAAUCCAAGUCUUCGCCGACCCACGCGCUCGCGUCUCCUUCCCCCCUGCUGAGGUAGUAUCCAUGCUCCGCGACCGCGCCCCAAACGCCGUAACAGCCUACCUCGAACACCUCGUCUUCGCGCGCGACAUGCCACAGCACGGCGACGAGCUGCUCGGGCACUACCUCGACGUCGUGCUCGGGCACGUGCACGACGACCGUGCUGCACGUGAGGCACUUAGGGGAGGGUACGAAACUUACCGCGCGUUGCCGACGCCGAAACCCCCGUUCCGCGCGUGGAUGGCGGAGUACCAUUCUGAGCUGGCGGAGGAGCCGUGGUGGGGGGCACGGGUGCGAAUGCUUCAGCUUUUAGGGGCGGAGGGGGCGGAUUACGAUGUCGAUGCUGUGAGGGAGCGUGUUGAGCCGCUGGCGGACGCGCUGGUGUUGGAGAUGAUUGUGUUGUGUUCGCGGCGGGGGGCGCAUGAGGAUGCGUUGAGGUUGCUGGUUAGGGGUCUGGGGGACUAUGAUGGUGCGAUUCGAUACGCGCUGUUUGGUGGCGGGGGGACGUAUCAUCCUGUCUCCGGGGCGCUACAAGGUUCCGCAGGCGGAGUGGAAGAGCAGCGGCGGUUAUUCAGGGGGUUACUGGGCGAAUUUUUGGGAAUCGAAGACGUGGCAGAGAGGGUUGAGAUGACGGGAGUGCUACUAGGACGGUUUGGGGGGUGGUUUGAUGUCAUGGAGGUGCUGGGGCUGGCGCCGGAGGGGUGGAGUGUUAGUGUUUUCGGCGGGUUUUUGGAGAGUGCGUUGAGGAGGGUGGGGAGGGAGAGGAGGGAGGGGAUGGUGGUUAGGGCGCUGGCGGCGGGGGAGAAUUUGGCGGUUGGGGGGGAGUGGGUGGGGAGGGUGGAGGGGGUGGUUGUUGAGGAGUGA